AUGGCGGGUGCCGGGAGCGAAGCCCGGUUCGCCGGGUUGUCGCUGGUGCAGCUCAACGAGUUGCUGGAGGACGAGGGGCAGCUGACAGAGAUGGUGCAGAAGAUGGAGGAGACGCAGAAUGUUCAGCUUAACAAAGAAAUGACGCUGGCCAGCAACCGCAGCCUGGCAGAAGGAAACCUUCUCUACCAGCCCCAGCUGGACUCUCUGAAAGCACGUUUGACCCAAAAAUACCAGGAACUCCAGGUGCUCUUUGAAGCCUAUCAGAUAAAAAAGACCAAAUUAGAUAAACAGUCCAGCAGCGCUUCCUUGGAGACCCUGUUAGCACUUCUGCAGGCAGAAGGGGCCAAGAUCGAGGAGGACACCGAGAACAUGGCAGAGAAGUUUCUCGACGGAGAGCUUCCCCUGGACUCCUUCAUCGAUGUCUAUCAGAGCAAGCGGAAACUGGCCCACAUGCGAAGGGUUAAAAUCGAGAAGCUCCAGGAGGUGGUUCUGAAGGGGCAGAGACAUCCGCAGGGCCUGCCGCCGGCCCCGCUGCCCCCCAGGGUGCCCGAGCCAGCACCGGCUGCCCCCCUGCCCUACCCCUCCCCGGAGGCCAGCGGGCCGCCCUCCGCGGUGCCUCGGCGCAUCCCUCCGCCACCACCCCUGGUGCCUGCGGGACGCUUAGCCACGCCGUUCGCCGCCGCCCUGAGCUCGGGACAGGACCCCCCGCACCCGGUGGCGCAGUGCCCGCCGCUGCCCCCGCGCGGGGGCCUCCCCGCACAGCAGGGCUUCUCCCUGCAGCGGUUCGUGUUGCCACCGUACCCACCGGCGCUGCCCCAGAGACCCCCGCCCCGGCUGCCUCCGCACCAGCCAGGCUUCAUCCUCCAGUGA